AGGUGCUAUAUCUCUCACUGCUCAGCUUCGUCUUCAUUAAUCAUCUACAAUCUCUCUCUGACACUUCGCACACAGUCGACCAUCUGAAUCUAAAUCUAAAUUCGCAGUUAACAGGAUAUUGAUCGGCAGGCCUUCACCUUCCGGCGGAUCACGGAGUUGUGAGGUUUUACUUUAAGCAAUUCGAUUACGGUUAUCUUUCGUCACAAUGCCGUCGUUGUUCGGAGGUCCGCUGACUACUUUCGAGGAUUCCGAAAAGGAAAGCGAGUACGGAUACGUCCGCAAGGUAUCUGGUCCAGUUGUUGUUGCCGAUGGAAUGGCUGGGGCUGCCAUGUAUGAAUUGGUUCGUGUUGGACAUGACAACCUUAUCGGGGAGAUCAUUCGGCUGGAAGGAGAUUCUGCUACAAUUCAGGUUUAUGAAGAAACAGCUGGCCUGAUGGUUAAUGAUCCUGUUCUUCGUACUCGUAAGCCUUUGUCAGUGGAGCUUGGUCCUGGAAUAUUGGGGAACAUAUUUGAUGGUAUUCAGAGGCCAUUGAAGACAAUUGCUAUAAAAUCUGGUGAUGUCUAUAUUCCCCGUGGUGUAUCUGUUCCAGCCCUUGACAAAGACAUUCUUUGGGAAUUUCAGCCUAAGAAAAUAGGUGAGGGAGACCUCUUGACAGGUGGGGACCUCUAUGCGACUGUCAAUGAAAACAGUUUAAUGCAACACCAUGUUGCACUUCCUCCAGAUGCCAUGGGAAAGAUUACUUACAUUGCACCAGCUGGUCAAUAUUCUCUGAAGGAUACUGUUCUUGAGCUUGAGUUUCAAGGUGUUAAAAAGCAAUAUACUAUGCUUCAGACUUGGCCUGUGCGUACACCCAGGCCUGUUGCAGCUAAGCUAGCUGCUGACACCCCUCUGCUUACUGGACAGCGUGUUCUUGAUGCCCUAUUCCCUUCGGUACUUGGUGGUACUUGUGCAAUACCUGGUGCAUUUGGCUGUGGGAAGACAGUGAUUAGUCAAGCCCUUUCCAAGUACUCGAACUCGGACACUGUCGUGUAUGUUGGUUGUGGUGAAAGAGGAAAUGAAAUGGCAGAGGUGCUCAUGGAUUUCCCUCAACUUACAAUGACACUGCCUGAUGGCCGUGAGGAGUCUGUCAUGAAGCGCACUACACUUGUUGCUAAUACUUCUAAUAUGCCCGUGGCUGCUCGUGAGGCUUCCAUUUAUACAGGGAUUACUAUAGCUGAAUAUUUCAGAGACAUGGGGUAUAAUGUGAGUAUGAUGGCAGAUUCUACUUCUCGCUGGGCAGAAGCAUUGCGUGAAAUUUCUGGAAGACUGGCUGAGAUGCCGGCAGAUAGUGGUUACCCUGCUUAUCUGGCAGCACGUCUUGCAUCUUUCUAUGAGCGUGCUGGUAAAGUUAAAUGUCUUGGUGGACCUGAAAGAUCUGGGAGUGUCACAAUUGUUGGUGCAGUUUCUCCCCCUGGAGGAGAUUUCUCAGAUCCUGUUACAUCUGCAACCCUUGGUAUUGUUCAGGUUUUUUGGGGUCUGGACAAGAAAUUGGCACAAAGAAAGCAUUUUCCUUCUGUAAAUUGGCUGAUUUCCUACUCAAAGUACUCAGGGGCACUGGAGUCCUUCUAUGAAAAGUUUGAUCCUGAUUUCAUUAACAUAAGAACAAAAGCUCGAGAGGUUCUGCAGAGGGAAGAUGACCUAAAUGAAAUUGUGCAACUUGUUGGAAAGGAUGCUUUAGCUGAAAGCGAUAAAAUUACCCUUGAAACUGCCAAGCUGCUGAGGGAAGACUACCUUGCUCAAAAUGCUUUUACACCAUAUGAUAAAUUCUGCCCCUUCUACAAGUCUGUUUGGAUGUUGCGCAACAUUAUACACUUCUACAACUUGGCAAAUCAGGCUGUCGAGCGAGGAGCUGGUAUGGAUGGUCAAAAGAUCACUUAUAGUUUGAUUAAGCACCGCCUUGGAGAUCUGUUCUACCGUUUGGUGUCUCAAAAAUUUGAGGACCCUGCUGAAGGAGAAGAUGUCUUGGUGGCCAAAUUCAAAAAGCUUCACGAUGAUUUGAUUGCUGGCUUCCGUAACCUUGAAGAUGAAACUCGAUGAAUGACAUGUGACACCCACAUAUUCGGAUCAUUGGGGUCUAUACAUGAAGCAAAAGUGAGUUUUUUUCUUGUAUUAUUGCAUCAAUCAGGUUUGGGAUUUCGAUGCAUGCCUCUGGUCCAUAAUCCUGGUAGAACAGGAGAAUUAAGACACGAAAGAAGAAGAAUCAGUGCUUGUUUGGCAGUUCUACAUUUUGUGUUAGCUUUUUCUGUAUGUAGCUUGAUGAGUCCACUUUUUUGCCGUUAAUUAAAAGAAAUAAGAGGUGCCACCUAGGUAUAUUUAUUUAUUUUUUGUAUUUGCUUGUCUUCACAAUUCAUCACCGGCUCUUAAAGAUUUCAACUGUAAUUGUUAUUUUCUUAUCCCUGUCCUAAUAAUUCGUGUAUUACAACUUGAAAUUCACUACGGGUUCCCUUUUGUUUAUCAGAUUCAUCUAUUAUUGUGGAA